UCCCCUCUCAAGUAGUACAAAUUCGAGUGAUCCUCCUUUUUAGGGGUGGGCAAUUCCUCUGACUUUUCCAAAUACUAUACUGUUCUAAGCAAAACCAUAACAGACAAUAAUGUAUCAUUCUUUUACAGGGUUGCAAGCCCAGUGCCAAUAAAAGUGAAUCCACUAAGUCAUGUCCAAUCUGCUUGGAGGAAAUUGCUAUGGGGGAGAUUGCAGCUAAACCAAACAAGUGUGAGGAUUUUUUUCAUGAUACAUGCCUCAAGGAAUGGUUAGUUAAUUGUAACUCAGAGGCAAAAUGCCCUACCUGCCAGAAAGUUUUUACUUCAACUGUGAGUGCCUCCAUUCCAAGCACCUCGAAUAGGAGCAGUUCAACACAAGGCAACGCAUGUGAGAUCGUGAACUCAUCAACUGAUGCUGGUAGUUCAUCUGUCAAAGCCACAUCAAGUUCAUCCACUUUCAACCAAKCCCAGUCAUCGACCAACCUCGACUAUAUGUAUCUUCAUAGACAGUAUGGAGAGAUACUUUAUGAUUCAGAUGAUUCAGUCCCAGAAGAAACUCAGGGUUUCAGUCAUGCAGAGACUGAAACAACAGCAACAGCAACCAGUACCACAUUAUCAGAGGACCUUGAAACAUUUUGUGAAACUAAAGCAAGAGAAUUGGAAGAAACAUCCUACAUAAGGUUUAAAGUGAGGAGAAACUCUCUGUGGCAAGAUGUAAAGUUCAAGUGUGACCGAAUAAAGAAGGACGAUAUUGAAGAAAACAGUUAUGUAAAAGUUCAGUUUGUAGKGGAGGCAGGGGUGGAUCAAGGGGGUCCAAAAAGAGAAUUUUUUUCUCUUAUCCAUAAGGAAGUAAGUUYUUCAUCAUUAUUUGUUGGAGAAGAAGGUAGUGGUAAAGUCUUUGCUCAUAAUUUAGUUGCACUUCAGCAAAAUGAGUACUAUAAAUAUGGUUUGUGUUGCGGUUUAGCAGUUCUUAAUGGUAGUAUGGGCCCUCAGUUUUUCUGUCCCCCAGUUGUUGACUACAUAUUACAUGGUGAUGUUAAGUAUGUCAAGUGUUCUAUUGAUAGUAUUCCCAAUCAGCCUGUUAAGGAAAAACUGAAAGAACUAGAUAGUUUAGAAGAACCACAGUUGUUUGAAGAGAAAGCAAUGUCCUAUUUCGGUGAAUCACUUCAAAAUAWGGGCUAUACAAAACCAGUAGUAUUUUCUGAUAAAAAUGAGUUCUUAAGAGCUACAAUAAUCCAUUAUACCAUUUCACACUGUCUUUGUGAAAUCAAUCAAUUUAUUGAUGGGAUGAAUGUGACUGGGGUGUUAACUGUCCUAAGGAAUCAUCCUUUUGAGGCCAGGGACAUAUUACAAUUUUCUGCUACUACUUUAACAGCUGAAUUACUAGAUGGCCUCUUUUCUGCACAUUUAUCUCCUGAAGGAAGCAACAAAAAUGCAAAAGAAAAGACCAUUCUUUUUUAUUGGAACCAGUUCUUGGAGGAUAUAGAACAAGGUCUUGUCAAAAGUGAGGUUUAUGAUUGCAAUACUGAGUCGAAUGUUACAGUAAANAUAGGAAGGCAUUUUUAUAAGGUGGUGGGGGGGGGGGGUUGGACUUAA